CGUGACACUGUGAGCCGGAGAAGAGAAGCGCAUGUCAUCCAGCAUGCAUUCUUGCUAAAGCGUUUGGCUCUUCACGGUGCUGCUGCGCUACUCAUCGCGUAGGUUAACCUGCCUUUGUGUAGCCCUCGGAAGCCGAGAAGCAGGCGACUUGAUCCGACUAGAUGAUACCUAUCUCGCGGAGGAAGUUUGGAAUGAAGUCCGCUGUCAAUGCUACCUACACGCCAACUUCGUGCGGUUGUCCGGGGGUUAAUGUUUCAUCUCAUUUUCGGCGCACCGACCCUUGCUGUGUAAGACGCCUUAUCGACUGCGAGCGCUCUGUUUCUAGAGAUAUCUGAUCCUGCCCGCCCCAUUUUGCGCUGGACCCCGGAGGAGUGCAUGCCACGCGCCUCAAAGACAGCACCUAGUUAUGCCGGAACGCUGUACCCCGGAGUCAUUCGCUGUGACAUCAUGCUCUCGAACCAAACACCUUAACUCGACUAGCGCUGUUUCAGCAAAAUGGGCGAGUACGCCGCCUACACGACACGAGUCUGCUGAGUCGCUACCGCUGAAUCUCAAGCGUUCGCUUCAGCCCGUUCCGCUUGAGGAGAGACUGACAGGGUGGUACUGCAGACCAAGUAGCUUAAGCGGCAGACCUUUUUGAACAGAUAUACGGGGUUCUAUGGUUUUCAUAGAGCACGACGCCGGCGGCCGACAUUGAAGGCGGGUUUGCGGAACUUCAAGUAACAUGGGAGGCUAUUGUUGUCCGGGACGACACCCUGAUGACAGCAUAUCGGACAUUUCGUCCUCCAACAUCCCGCUUUCCCCGUUGUGAGAAUGCACAUUGGCCGUCAGACGACGAAAGCAGACCGUUCCUGCCUGAACAGCCUUGACGGGCGCACAAAACGUCCGUAUAAAACGUCGGUGCGUUUUUAGCCCACUCAAAGGCAACGGCCUCGUCCACUCUGCUCAUAGCUCACCUACCGCUACAACCUGCAAAUUCCGUCGAGAUGACUCGUUACGCCGUCGAGCUGAACAACUAUUUGCAACGGCAAGGCCAACUGCAUGCGCUGCACUGGGGCGAGGAACACAUUGGACCAGCAGGGAAGAAGGAGUGGAAGGUGACAUGCAACAUCAACGGCGAAGUCAAAGGAGUUGGAAUUUCUGCUCAGAAGGGCGCGGCUAAAGAUCUUGCUGCGAAGGAGGCUAUGGCCAACCUUGGUCUCACUAUCGGGUAGAGAGCUUCUACCAUCUUGAUGGCAAUGAGGACAUUCAUCCCUUUGUCACCGGUUAUCUACCUUCUCUGUACUUAGCACAUUCGUAUACGUUUUCUUGUCAGCCUUGACUGUAUUCAUAUGCUUGCA